AUGAAGGCCUCAAAUCGCAUUGAUGGUGGAUUUAGGCUGAAAGAUAUUUUGGGGUCCGGUUCAUAUGCUGUUGUGUACUGUGCACAGAACUUCCUCAAUGAUGACAUUGUUGCUAUCAAACUCGAGCCAGUCACUAAUAAUACAUCUUCUGUGGAGUGUGAGCACAAUAUUCUAAAGCAACUUGAAGGUGGAGUUGGGAUCCCCUGUGCCCUUUGGUUUGGCUGGGAGUCAACACACUAUGCCUUGGCUCUCGACCUCCUUGGGACGUCACUACAUGAUCUCUUCCUCGCAUCCAACCACAAAUUUAGCCUCCACACUGUUGUUAAUUUAGGAGACCAGCUGAUACCGUGGUCAAAUUUGUUGGAUAUCAAACCGCAUAACAUUUUGGUGGACAAUUCAAGGCAAACUGUCUACAUCAUUGACUUCGGUACUGCCAAGAAGUACUGGAGUAAUGCAAUGAAAUCCCACAUCCCAUUUCACCAAGGUCGACAUCUUACAGGCACACCCACCUUCACUUCAAUCAACAAUCACUUGGGAUUGGAGCCAGGUCGCAGUGACGAUCUCGAAUCACUUGCUUACAUGUUGAUAUAUUUCUUGCAUGGCUCCCUUCCAUGGCUGAAUAGUGACCAUGAGAGGCCACCCAGCUCUGUGAUACUCGAGUGCAAAGUGGAUACCACCAUUGCUGAUCUAUGUGGUGGAAUUCCUGCUGCAUUUGCAAAUAUCCUUGUCUACUCAUGCUCUCUUUCAUUCUCAGAGGAUCCUGAUUAUGACCAUCUUCGUUCUUUACUUCACAAUCUUCAUACUGCAGGGCCCACACCAGCUACACACUCCCUGAAUUUCAAUUGUCACAUUGCUCCUUCCCCUCAAUGUCCUCAAGUCUCUGAAUCAGUGCCCCUAUGUCUGCUGAAGGUGCCUCCUCAUAGAUCAACCCGUGUGUAA